AUGACAUCAAGCGAAGCCUCCGGUAAUUCCUCGGGUGGUGUCGUUGUCAAUUCCGGCGAACCCUGGGCAACCGCGACGAUGUUCGACACGUCGGCGGUACCGAUUUUCACGGGACAAAACUACUCCGCGUGGAAGUUUAAGUUCCAAGUGCUCAUGAUGGAGCGGGGACUUUGGGGUCUCUUCGAUGGGACGGAGAAAAAGCCGACGGACGACGAGAGCGCCAUCGCGGCAUGGAAGAAGAAGGACCAAAAGGCGUUCGCUACGCUAAUCUCGCGGAUCGGCAUCAACCUCGUGAGCUCGGUGCGCACGUGCAUCAAGCUCGAAGCGUCGGCGCAUGAAGCGUGGAAGCGGCUCGAGACAAUGCACGUGAACAAGACUCUCCACGGCAAGAUCCUAGCCCGGAACGCGUUCUACACGGUGAAGUUGCGCGCGGGCGAAUCGAUGCACGAGUAUGCGACUCGUGUGGAGGAACUCGGGGAAACAUUCUUGGACCUCGGUGGAACGGUCACGGAGGAGGAUUGGAUUCUCACCUUGCUUUGCGGCCUUCCGAAAGAGUGGUCGACGGUGAUUACGACACUCGAUAGCGUGCAAGGCACUUGGACGAAGGAAAUGGUGGUUGGUCGGCUUCUCCAUGAGGAAUCGCGUCGCCGACAAUUCGCUAAUGAGAGCGUGGAGACCGCCAUGUUCUCCGGAGGGAGUUCCGGAGGAAAGUCCAAGUGGAGCAAGGGUGCGACGAAGAAGUCGUACGGUGGAAGCGAUCGCGGCAAGGGGAACACAUCAAACGGCGCGAGCAAGUGCCACUAUUGCGGCAAAGCGGGACACUUUUGGCGAGAGUGUCGGAAGCGGCCGAGCGAUUGGACUCCAUCGAAGGCGCGGAACCACGAGGGCAACGCGCACACGGCAUCCGGCGAGGCGGAUGAUACAAGGGAGUCGAUCGUGUUAUUGGCCGGUGACGGGACCAACAUUCCAAGCGACGCAUGA